AUGGCCGCGGAAUCUUUCAAAGAAGGUUAUAACAAUGCUUUUUCAAACCGAUACGCGCAUUUGACGGACAAAACUACGGGGGAUGAAGUCAGAAAACUUUAUGACGAGUGGGCAGCAGAGUAUGACAAGGUGGGUUAGUAAUUGUGCAUUUCCUCCUAAAAACGGUAUCCAGGGGUACACCCGUCGGAGGAUUCCAGAGGCUCCGAACUACCCCCUUGCGCCUCUCUCUUUGUAUAAAUGGCACUAUCAAGUUUUCAAAUAUCAGUGAAAAUGAUGCUGUGGUUGAUUUUGGCUAUUACAGUACAGACUUGGGGCAAACUUGGAAAGAAAUUAAACUUCAAGGCUGGUAUCCAGCGGUUCGUUAUAAUACAAGUUGUUUUUAAUUUUCCUCCAACCGCAUCGAUUUUUAAACGAAAAGCAAUAUUUUAUUUUUAAGUUGACUGAAUAUGGAUGACACGAUGCGUUGACUUUCAGGAUGUCCUCGAGAUAGCUCGCUUCAAGGGCUUCAAUCCAAUUGUGAAGACUCUAGAUGAUGCAGUCCAAGCGGAACUAAAGGACUUCCCGAAGGACAAAAUCAAGAUUAUGGACGCAGGAGCUGGGACAGGUCUGGUUGGAAUUGAACUUCAAAAAUUCGGUUUCAGUACAAUCGACGCUCUUGACAUUUCACCAGGAAUGUUAGAGGAAGCAAAGAAGAAGAACGUAUACAAGAAAUUCAUUUGCGCCGCAUUGAGUGACCAGCGGAUUCCUGAAAUAAAAACGGGAGAAUAUGACGUUUUGAUCUGUGUUGGAGUGUUCGCUAUUGCGCAUGUCCCUCCCGUGGCUAUUGUGGAAAUGAUGCGGAUGGUGAGAGCAGGUAUGUGGAACGACUUGAAUAAAUUAAUACGUUAUAUAUAAGUUCUUCAUUUUAAAGAAAAAAAUAUAAGGCAGCACUUGUCGUUAAUGGGCCCUUUCGAGGUUACUAGUGAAACUGGUGUCGAUUGGGUUGUGUCUAAUCACGCACUGUGGGACUCUCUUGAGGACUCUAUCGCUUCUUUUAUCGGCUAUUACAAAGUUGCGCAUAGGAAACUGGGUCCAAUUUUGUCGCCGAAAAAAGUCCAAUAGUGCAACACGACAAAGCACUAAGCCGGCCGGUUUCACUUAAGCCUCAAGAAUGUUAAUGGCCCAUGCCUAUGUACAGUAACCAAAUAGUCACUCAUAUUCUUGGCUUGCAACCACGUGACAAGGUGGCCAUGUUGGUGGUCAAUACAAUAUAAUUUUUUCUCAAAGAAUUUACAUGAAAAUAGUCUUUAGUUCCCAGAGGAGAGAAAUGCUUUUCCUCUUGACCUCCAACAUGGCCGCCGUAACGUCACAUGCAAACGAGCCAUUUAUUUUGGACAUAAUUCGUCUAAACACCGGAUAUAAUGUGAAUCGUUAUAUUCAUUUAAGAUAUUUCUCCUUUUCAGUGUAACUCAGGUCUCCCGGCUAAUUUUUUUACAGCCACCUAAACGUUGACCGAAUUCGAAAGACGUUUACGAUAUCCAAUAAAAUGACGUCAACAUAUCACUGGGCAAACGCCAGAAAAUGUCACUCGAGAAGCCCUGGAGACGAGGUUGCUUUAGUUUGGUAGAGCUGUAGAAAAUGCUAAAAAAUUUCAUACGUUUUCCAAAUAAGGAAAAAGCCGAACUAAUGCCUAAAAACAUAGCAAGAACAGCAAAAAUUCAACUCAAUGAACGGCAUCUAAUAUUUGAAAAGCAUCUGCUAGGCCAAAAAUCCCUUUCUAUCCAGAAUCUGCUUAGCGAACAGACAAAAGAAGGCGGGGGAAAUUAAAGAACAAAAAAACAAUUAUUGGAUAAAUCCUUCAUAUGAUCUUGAGGGUUAUACAGAUUUCAAGUGGAGGGUUUUAUCCAAUCCUACUUGGCCUCAUCCAAUAAGUAUAAUUGCUAAUUAUUCACCAAUGACAUUCUUUCUAUUCUUUUUCCAACUGUAUUACAGGGGGUCUUGUUUGUUGUGGAGUUCGUGGCGAUGACCUGAAAGCAUAUCACGGCAAAAUGGCGGAGCUAGAGACAGCGGGACACUGGAAACUAGUCAAAGAGAAAAAAGUUCCUUACUAUGACCGAGAUGACAUGCCAACAGAGAGUACUGCUUUUGUCUACAAGGUUCUGAAGCAUUGACAAAAACUCCAAAAAAAUCAAUAGCUGUGUAUUAAAAGUGCC